AUGGAUUUAGAAAUCACGUUGGUUUCAAUCCUUUUUGUAAUGCUCGUUUCCAAAAUGGUUUCUCUAUGGUUCACCAAAAAAGCCCAAUUAGAGGCUAAGAGGCUGCCUCCAGGCCCGCCGAGAUGGCCAAUUGUGGGCAACCUUCUCCAAUUGGGCCCUCUCCCUCACCGAGACCUAGCUUUCUUCUGUGAGAAAUACGGGCCUUUAGUCUACCUCCGUCUCGGUAGCGUGGAUGCCAUCACCACCAACGAUCCAGACACCAUUCGUGAAAUUCUUCUCCGUCAGGAUGACAUCUUUGCCUCCCGGCCCCGAACUCUUGCCGCUGUCCAUCUAGCCUACGGGUGUGGUGAUGUGGCAUUGGCUCCACUAGGUCCACACUGGAAACGAAUGAGGAGGAUUUGCAUGGAGCACCUAUUGACAACAAAGAGGCUGGAAUCAUUCGCAAAUCACCGGGCCGAAGAAGCCCAACACCUAGUCCAAGAUGUUUGGGCCCGGGCCCAAACCGGCGAGGUGGUGAACUUGAGAGAGGUAUUGGGUGCAUUUUCAAUGAACAAUGUGACUAGAAUGUUGCUAGGGAAGCAAUAUUUUGGGGCCGAAUCGGCUGGCCCACAAGAAGCCAUGGAGUUCAUGCACAUAACCCAUGAGUUGUUUCGGCUUUUGGGCUUGAUCUAUUUGGGUGAUUAUUUGCCAUUUUGGAGGUGGGUGGACCCAUAUGGGUGUGAAAAGAAAAUGAGAGAAGUAGAGAAGAGAGUAGAUGAUUUUCACAUAAAGAUCAUUGAAGAACAUAGGAGGGUAAAUAAGGGAAAGAAAAAGAAGGAAAUUGGAGGAGAAGAAGAGGAUAGUGGAGACAUGGACUUUGUCGAUGUUUUAUUGUCUUUGCCAGGUGAAAAUGGAAAAGAGCACAUGGAUGAUGUGGAGAUUAAAGCUCUAAUUCAGGAUAUGAUAGCUGCAGCCACCGAUACUUCAGCUGUGACUAAUGAAUGGGCAAUGGCCGAAGUCAUCAAACAUCCAUGUGUCCUUCAUAAGAUCCAAAAGGAGCUUGAUUCUACUGUGGGCCCUAAUCGAAUGGUCUGCGAAUAUGACUUACCUCACCUUACUUACCUACGCUGUGUUGUACGUGAAACUUUCCGCAUGCAUCCAGCCGGACCCUUCCUCAUCCCACACGAAGCCACAAGUGCCACCGAGAUCAACGGCUAUCAUAUUCCCGCCAAGACACGUGUUUUCAUCAACACCCACGGUCUCGGCCGAAACACGUCGGUGUGGAAUGACAUCAACGAAUUCCGGCCGGAGCGGCACUUACUAGCCAAUGGGAGCCGAGUUGAGAUAAGUCACGGAGCCGACUUCAAGAUACUACCAUUUAGUGCCGGUAAGAGGAAGUGCCCUGGCGCUCCUCUUGGGGUGAUGCUAGUGCUGAUGGCUUUGGCUCGACUCUUCCAUUGCUUUGACUGGGCUCCUCCUGAAGGGUUAAGGCCUGAGGACAUAGACACAAAAGAGGUUUAUGGUAUGACUAUGCCCAAGGCCAAGCCCUUGAUGGCUACUGCUAGGCCACGUUUGGCAACCCAUAUGUACCAUUGA